AUGCAUAGACGGCAGCGUAUGAUGGGGCUAGCCUCUCUUCAUCUCACUGGCACCCAACUCGACAGUAAAGUACGAUGUGUGCAUGUAUGCAGACGGCGCAUCCUGGCUGCUUCUAGUUCAUGCAUACAAUACAUCACGCCUCGUGGCCACCUUAGGGCCUGCCUGCCUCGCAAAGUCAAGACACGUUGUUGCAUAUUGUACGACCAGAGUUUCUUUGUCCUCGUGAUGACUUGCCACCUUUCAUACCAGCUGUAUAAUCAAGAGUUCAACAUGAGGAUCACACUAAUUAUCUUUAGCCCGGCUUCGGGAGCGUCUCAUUGGUUUCACAAUCACAGCGUUGUCAUAAGCCCUGUGGCCCUGUACAGCUACCUACGAGAUUGCAUAACGUCACGAGAGGUUCUGUUUGGAUGUGAUGUUUCGACCAAAGGAAGAUAG